UUAAUUCCUCUUUCAACGUCACGUCAGCGUCACGUACAAUGCGCCAGUGUGCUAAAAUGCCUACUGAGUUAAAGCAGCGGAAAAAGUCCCCAAAACAAAGCAACGAAGGUAAUGAAACAUCGGCUGCGAACGGCGAGGAUGAAACUCCGAAAGCCGAGCCGGGAAUCCUCGCAGGAGAGAAUAAAGCGUCUUCCGGUUGGGACAUUUUGAGUUUAAUGUGCGUUUUGUCGCUCGCUGCAUGCGCAGCUCUCAGUUGGCUGGUGCUGCAGCAGAAUGAGAGGUUUUCCGAGAUUGAGGAAAAGUAUAAGUCGUUAAACGGAAAGACUUCCAGCCUGUUCGCCAUGGAGGAGGACGUCUUAAAGGUUUCCAAGAAGUGUGCGAGCGUCCAGCAGAUGCUGGAGGACCUCGGGGGUCAGCGGGGGGCUCUGCGGCCUCGGCUGGAGGCUUUGGAGCAGGACGUGAGCCGGCUGAAGGACUGGGCCUCCGGGUUGGGCGAGAAACGAGCUCAGCUGCGGAGCAGCCAGGCGUCGCUGAGAGACGCCGUGGGACGGAUCGAAGAGCGCACCUCGGCCAUCGCCACAGACUUUGCCAACAAGGUGGCGUCAGUGAGGACAGACGUGCGCAGGAUGGAAGGCCUGCGCUCCGAGCUGGAGUCUCUGCUGACUCAGGUGGCGCAGCUCGAAGGCAAGGCCGCGCAGGUGGAGCACGGCAUGGUCAAGCGCAUCGGGGACGUCCUGACCGACAGCGUCGACCGGGUCUCCAAACUCCGCGCCGCCAGCGAACGCAACACGAAGGCCAUCGACGAGCUCCGCGCCGCGCGCGUCCCCGAGCUCGCCGCCGCGCACGCACGGCUCUCCGAGCGCCUGGCCGAGCUGGAGAGCGCCAGAGCGCGCGUGGUCCGAACGGCGACUUUCGCCAGCGACCUCAAACCCAAAGUCGCCGCCAUAAGGCGGGACUUCGGGGCCUUCGAGCCCCAGCUGUCGGACCUGACUCUGCGCAUUGGGAGGCUCGCGGAGGAGCUCAUGCAGAGGGAGCGCGAGGUCGCCGAGCUGCGGGAGACUCUGGCGAACCUCACGGCGGUGGAGGGAGACUUGGACGCGACGUCCCGACGCGUCAGCGCAAUGGCUGAUGUGUCCGUGGGAUGAUGGAGAGAUGGAUGGAUGGAUGCACCUUGACGUCCUCGAAGGGUCUUCUCCGCGGCUACGCGUGGUCAGCUGCUGUUUGGAGGUCGUGCAUCUGAAUGAACUUGGCCGUCACGGGUUCGAGUCCAGUCUUGGGAGUUUUUUUUUUUUAUUUUAUUUUUUUUGUACAACGCCAAUAAAAGAAAAGCGUGAUGUCCUCUCCUUGUGCCCCUGGGGACAAUUCUAAUAAUAACCCUUGGAGUGGUCGUUUUUACAUUACAGUGUUUUACCGUUAACUUUUAGACAAAACUAUGUCUAAAAAGCAGCUUCUUGCAGCCCCUGUUCAACUAACAUGUCCUAAAGGGUUCAUCAGUGUCCGAAUGCCUUCAGAGAGUCACAGCUGCAGCCUGAGGGCUUCCAACAAGGAAGCACAUUUCUGCAGAACACCUGGACGAGAGUCAAAACGUAAACCUGAGAAGGGAAAAUUACAUGUUGUGUCCAACUGCUGUUUAAGGAGGAAAGAGCUCAGCGUUUGCUAUUCAGUCUGUGUUUUUAAUGUGUUACACUUUAUUGUAAAUGACGUGGAUCUAUGUGAGAAGUCAAUAAAUGGAUUAUUACACUACUGA